GCAGCAAUGAUAUAGUCGCAUACAUAUUGGAGAUCAUGAACACCCAGGUGCUUAAAAAAGAAGACGCUGUGCCGCGACUGCAGCUGUUUAAUUGCGCUUAUACUGAAUGUGGCGCCACAUUCACUCGUCGAUGGCGUUUACAGGAGCACGAGACCGUGCAUACUGGUGCACGACCUCACAAGUGUGUUGUAGCGGGGUGUGGACGCAGUUUCACCCGUAAAUCGCACCUGAGCCGACAUGCUUUGGUACACAGCGGAGUGAAAAACUUCAAGUGCACUGCAGCCGCAUGUAGCAAAAGCUUCUGCACCGCUGAUAAACUGAAGAGGCACGUGCGUUACGCUCACAGCGAGAAACGCGAAUAUUUCAAGUGUAAAGAUCCACAGUGCGCAAAGACUUUUAAGAAACGGCGAGUGUUAAAGCUGCACCUGGCGACGCACGGUACAUCAAGUUUCAGGUGCUUGAAAAGCGGCUGUGGAAUGAGGUUUGAGUCUCACAUUGCACGGAAAGCGCAUGAUAAAAGGCAUUCAGGUUAUCGCUGUCUUCAUGCUGAAUGCCCCAUCAGUGUGCACACCUGGAGGAAUUUACAAAAACACAUGGCAAGUCACCCAGCAUCAUUCCCUUGUAUGGUAUGUAAAAAGACUUUCAAGAAACGUGACUCUUUGAGGAGACACAAGCGGACGCAUGCGUUGCAGAAGCCGGUUUUACUCUGUCCCAGUCAGGGCUGCCAGGCUUACUUUUCCACCACUUUCAACCUGCAGCAUCAUAUUCGAAAGGUCCAUCUGCAGCUGCUCUCACACCGCUGUUCCUUCCCUGGCUGUGGCAAAAGUUUUGCCAUGCGUGAAAGCCUUGUCCGCCACAUGUUACGUCAUGAACCUGAUGUGGCCAAACUCAAGCACCCACAUAAACGGAGCAGCAAGAGCUGGCAGAAACGCUUGGAAGGGCGAAGUCGACGUCCUCUGGUUGAAGACCUUCGAUCUCUCUUUUCGUUACGCAUGAAGAUCUCUCCUAGGGCCAAACUGGAAGCUGAUCUGACGGGCCUCUUUAAUGAGCGUAAAAUCCCCCACCACGUUGAUCCGGAAGUAAACCUCAGAGAUCUGUUUAAUGUCCGUCCAACUAAGGUGGUCGAUAAAUAGAAUUGUCCAAUACUCUUAACCCCCCCUUUUUUUGAAUACUGGUGACAUGCGUUUACCUUAACUGAAGAGAAUUUUGUUUCAAGUGUUAGUACUAGAGGUACAGAAUUACUUUAUAACUGCUGAACUAUGUUGUUUGAGAACCGUUGUUUGAGAAACAACUGAAAUUUAAGUUCUGUAUGAUGAAAAUAAAGGUGGUUUGGUUUUGUCAGUCUGGCCAAU